AUGGAGAUAAGGAGGUGGAACCCCACAGGGGACGGGGUGAAAACGGACAAGGGAAAAAUCUUGAAGGUUUCAUGGGAUGGGAGUGCUGAUUCGUACAAUGUGGCAAAGUUGGAGGAGCUCUUCCAGGAAUUUGGCAAAGUUGAAGACAUUGUUAUCAAGACAAGGAAAUCAAGGAGUAAGGGCUCAGCAAUUGUAGUAAUGGGCUCCAAAGAAGCUGCAUUAAGUCCUGUUUCUCUACCCUUUAUCAUUUGA